AUGGAGUUUAUGAAUAGCAUCGGACGACUUAUCCAGCAAGUUGUGGGUAUUAAACGCCGUCGAAAACGAUCGGACAGCACCUCCGACAGGUCUGCAAGCCUCGAAUCGACAGGAAGUGAAGUGGAUGGUAUACCUGUUGUUGAUGAAGAGGACCUUGGAGUGGGUGUACAACCGCUUGUCGGGAAAGAUGGCAAGAUUUUCGCAUAUACUGGAGUGAGGCUUGGACAUCCUGCAGGAAUCAUUUUGACACAGGCCGCGGAUUCGCGCCAUAAGCGUCAGCACGUCGCAGCUGAGAACCGGAGCACGGACAAAUUGCUCCGCGGGAGUCAACUCCCAAGUGCUGCCUCUACCCACCCUCGUCGCUCAACCAGUCCUACGCCAGCCCAACGCGAGCGUAUUCCGUUACCACCGGCACCAAAGCAGCAUGUUCCGCGUUCCCAACACCCUGAAUCAGAAGUAAAACCCGAUGCGUCGCAGGAUGAACGACUCGAAGCGCUUGUCCAGAAGCACAACUGGGAUUUUUGGCCCGAAGGAGACUGGGCUGCAGAUUAUCCAUUAGAGAUGGUGACGGAAUUCAAUUUGCGGGUGAACUGGGCUUUCGAAACGCUGGGCAGUAGCAAGGGUGAUACCUCCGCAGAAUCCUUCCCAGACGGAAAGCUUACUCGACGGCGGUGUCUUGGUUACGCAAAAUGCAAUAACGGUAACUGCAAAAUCAUCGUGCGGCCAUUGACGAAGAAGCCCGCACGCGAGAGACAGAUGCGAGCGGGUUGUGCCUGUGGUGCUGAGCUUCAAUGGCACCAAUGCGGCAAAAUUUCACGGUACUGGAUCUAUCGGGACGGUGUACACUACGAGAACACUUCACAUGGCCAUCCUCAUCCCCCAAACGAGAAGCGCCUAACACCAGCGCAAACGGUAGAUUUCACCAACUUUGUCCGCGACUAUCCGACUGCAGGGCCUGCCCAACUAUUGGCCGGCCGUCCUGGUGUUGGUGGGCCAGGUCCCUCAGUCUCCACCAUUAAUCCACUCCUUCUUAAUCAGCAGCGUACUGCCUACGAGAAGCGCAAAGCAAUUGACAAGCUGCAACCUGGAAUCAAGACACAAGAUAAGCACUUCGAACCCGAGAUGGCCAAAUUCCGCGCAGCGCACCCAAGUUGGACAAUCAAUGUGCAUUACAACCGAGAUUUCAAGGUUGUUGUUCUCCAAUCCCCCUUCAUGCGUCGCCGCUCAGUCAAAGGUCAUAUCGAAGAGGAUGCACUAAAUGGUGUUGUCUCGGACGCCGCUCACAACUACUUCAAGGGCGAUAAGAACUAUCUUAUUGUCAGCUCGGCAUAUGAGCCGGAGUUUCUCAAGUCUUAUGUGCCCUUGGUAAUGACGUUUAGUCACGGUGCAACGAGCAAGCAUUACUUGCUCCACUUUCGUCAACUUUUGAAGGGUAUCGAGGAGGAGUAUAGGCUUCGACAUCCCGGAAAACCUAUUCCUUCUUAUUUGAUUGCCAACGUCCUGGACUUCAGCGAGGCGGAGCGCAAUGGAUUACUCGAUGCACUUGUCGAGUUUCUCUUUCGGCAACCAGACAACAACCGAACUCAGACAGAACUCCGGCAAGAUGCACAAGGUCUUGUCAAGGGCUGCGAGCGACAUUUCCGAGAGCAAGUUGAACGAGUCAGCAAAAUCAGCCAUGUCAUUACGCCAACUCAGCGCCCGCACUUCCAGAACCGUGUUCACGAGUUGCUGAGCUGUGCGACAGGGAACAUUUUCCGUCAGAAGGCCGCCGAGAUUAUCGAAGAUUUCCCCCGAGUCAAGCCCUGGCUAUUGUGGUGGAUGCGUCCAGAGCAUGCAUCCAUGCUGUUCCGCUCCGAGCUGGCAAUGGAUACAAGUCUCUUCUUUGACUUGCCAGCGACAACAAAUGCAGAGGAGGCAAUGCAUCACCGACUUUACAGUAUGAUCAAGAGAGGAAACAAUAUGUUUGAGGGGCUGGAGGGUCUGGUGCGGGCGGCAGAGUUGUUGGAAGAGAAGUAUCUGCAUGCGAAGCAUGGCGGCAAAAUCUACUACGGAAGUGACCCCAGACAUUGGAAGGCAACAUCAAAUAUUUACGGGCGUACCCAUCACUCUCGAGGCCAUGUUUCCACGGCAGCUGAGCGUGCGGAUGCCCGUCCUCCCGAUCGUGCUGCUGACCUGGUGCCCGAGACACUGCAUGCAUCAUCUCAUCGCCAGCCAGCACCAGUAUCAAACUCAAAGCUGACCUAUCAGCUAUCCUAUCCCUGGUUUAACAACUCUUGUUGGUUGGACUCUGGCCUUACGGCGCUGUUCGCUGUUGCUGCACGUGACUCUACUGCACUCGAAAAGCAUCUAGCUUCACUUCCCGAUAACCAACCGCUGAACUGGCUGCUGCGUGUUCUUCGACGGCAUGUAUCAGAAGCUGGUAAUGAUCAGCUGACAUCGCCGGAGCUGGCCAGUGCUCGAAAUGACUUUCGCCGACAGAUGGUAUUAUCUCCAAUUAUCAUUGGGUUAACAUCUGAGGAGCAAUGGUAUACGCCAUUUGGAUGGCUUUGGGAAGCCACAACACAUCAUGUCGCAAUGAAAGCUGAUAACGCUGAGUCGGCACCGCUUGCCCGGGCCAUUAAUUUAUUUCGCGUCCAAGCUGUUUUGUUGCGGAUGUGUUACGGUGACCCUGAUUCCCCUACUCAUGCCCAAACACACUGGCUCGUUGACACACCUGCAGCCAGAAAUGAAAUUCAGCUGCUCAACCACCAAUUUGAGCAAUUCAACGGCAAAAUAACCAAAUGGUUUAACCAGGGCUUCCUCAAUUCAGGCUCCUGGGAGGAUGGCAAGUGUUGGCGCUCUGUCGAUGGAGAGUACCUCUGUGGUGGCAUCACCAUAUCCCAUUCCUAUGUCCUGUCGAUUCCACUCAUCUUCGUCAUCGAGGUCGUGGAGCCGGAUCAAUACGAUUGGCAUAUUCCGGCCGAAUUGCACCCCUUUCCGGACACCAAACAAUCCAAACUUAGCUCCGCGGGGGUUAGAUAUGAACUCAUAUCGCACAUUUACACCAACGGCUCCCACUUCAUGACUCGCUACUUAUCUCCAAAUGGCCGGAUCUUUGACUACGACGGAAUGAAGAACGGAGGACGGGCAAUACAAGUUAGUGGCUCAGUCCAGCGUCAUAUGACUGGCGCGUUCUCGAAGCUGAAAGGAAUCCCGCCAAAUUAUGAAAUUUCCGGAUUGGUUUAUCGCCUGGUCGGCGGCGAACCGGCUCAGCGGCUGUUCCGUGCCGAGCGCAAAAAGAAGUGGACGAAUGGGCUGCACUGUACGUUUGACCCAGAGUCGGAGACAUUCAUCAAAGCAGGAUUCCCGCAAUCGGACCAUCUUCGCUUAGACAACACUGAACGGGUUUGGCAUCAAGGACGUCAACUUGUGCGAUACAGCGAAUACACCGAAAACCCACAACAAUCCGAGUUGCCCCCUUCAAAGCCGCGAAAGUCGAAAAAACAAUCAAGGGGUGAUGCCUCGGAGGACGAGGAGGAGCUCUCGGCGCCAUCCGAUCCAGAAUCAGAAGCAUACUCCGUACAGCCCGACGAUGAGCCGGCGCCGGCCUCGAGCUCCGAUGAAGCCGACUCUCGGUUGGGCCGGGAUGAAAUUGACGAGGCAUGGGGCCAAAUCUCCUGCAUAUGCGGCUCCGAUGCAGACGAGGAGCCGUCAGACGCUCCGCGUCGCCUUAUUCAGUGUGAAGUGUGCCAAAAUUGGUCACACCGGCGGUGCUUAUCAUCAAUAAUCACCGACUGGACGCAAGCGCAGUUCAAAUUGCUGUGCCAUGUAUGCGCGGAGAGCCGCCCUGCUGCGUUUGUUGUCCCUGGCCAAGUUCGGUUGCAACGCCAAAAUCUGACUACUCCUCCCGCUGAAACACUGUGGGCCGCAGCGGAAUGCCUCGGAUUCGACAUCAAUCGAUACCAGAUGGAAUACCUGUGGCGCUGGCUGCCACAAGUAGAGUGGGUUGACGGAGGUGAUCCACCAAAAGAGAGCUUUUAUCGGCCAUACGAUGAUGUGCAUAUGACAGCUGCACUUGAAAUUGCUCAGAUUGCUCGUUUAAGGGUCCCGUUGACCCUUAAACCAGCGCAAGCCGAUAAGGACACCCUCAACCAUGCUCUUUCUCUGGUAUGCGCGCUGGCUACUCCUCAGAUUGUCGACAUAGUCAACACCCAGCCGCCAUCCCAUCCAGUAGCUUUGGAUUUUGAUGAAGACCACGCUAAUAUGCCGGAUGGCAUUGACCUCGAUGAGCGCUGGCUCGAGCGGCACGGCAUCGUUUCCUCUGGCCUUGAUCCGGGACUUUGGGCAACCUUCGAUGACCCCAUCCAUAUUCUUGCUCGGCAACGACAAGCUGGUCAGGUUUCUGGCUCGUGGGAACGCGCAUUGACAAUGGCCGUCACGCUCUGGAUUUCGCUCUGCAUCCAACACAGCCUAGGAGAAGACUGGGAUCUUAGCGGCAACACCUAUCUUGAACUUCGAUCUGGCGGCCUCUACGAGGAUUGGGACUUCAAACGGCUGCGGCGUGCAAUCAGUGAAAUGAAGAAUAUGUCAAUUGGCUCUUACGACGCUGUCUUGUCCCAAGUGCGGUGGACGCAAUCCACUGAGGUGGUAUUCUUCGACCGGAGUUUGGUCUACCGUGGGCUUAUCACGGCCGAUCGCUCUUCAACUCCGCUGGUUUACAAUGGUCUCCUUGUCUUACGUGAGUCGGACCUGCCCGAUAUCGAAGGACACAACAAUUUGGCUAAGAAGCGAGCAAGGUUUGACCUACCACCGGCCCACGCCGACAUGGAUUCUGGCACAGGUGCAAAGAUGAAGCCUGGUGACGCAACCCGCAGACGCGCGGAUAGUUCGGAAGCGGUCGAUAACGAGCCUCCACAGAAGCGUCGCCGUCAGGCCCGGGCCACGGGUCCGGAUGCAGCACCGACUGCUCCUCCGGCGCCAUCGGCGAACACAACUGCAGCAGCAAAGAGCGGACGCCGCGGGCGCAAGAAGCGAGAUCCCAUGGAUUGGGACAUGCUAGUCGGGGGGAAGAGAAUGACAGCAUAUGAAUAUGCGGCUGCGUUUCCUACACAAUUUGAGGAAAACGGCCCAUUCCACCAGUAUGCACAAUACCUGAAGUAG